AUGGAUUCAAAAGUUAUUGAACUAUUGGAAGCUAUAAAAAGCGUAUUGAACUUAAUAGUAUUACGUCAACAGUACGAUGGUGAAAUUAUUCAAAAAUCGGGCAAUUCUAUUAAUAUCAUUAUACAAUUAUUGGCCGUAAGUAUUAUCAUCGAUUUCAAUAAAUUAUAAAUAAUAUAAAUUGUUUAGUUUUUAAAUUUAGUUAAACACCCACUUAGAUUUUCAACUUUUUUUUUUUGAACACUUGUCUUUUGGACACUGAAUACGAUAGUACAAUCAGAAUUUUGUUGUCGGACUUACUUCUUAAGUUGUGAUGUAAUAUAAUAGUAGAAAACAUAAGUAACAAAAACAAUGAUGUAAAAAGAGAGGGUCGCAUAGCAGCACUAAAAUUAUGGAGAGAAAUUGUAAUAAGCCGUGCAUCCAAUUGUUUAUUUUGAAUAUUAAGUACUAAACUGCUCAGCUAAGAAAACCUUUUGUAUGUUUCCUCCAUAGGUAUCAUUUUGAAAAAACAAUUUUUUUUUAUGUUUAGUCAUUUUUAGUGGUCCUAUACAGAGUUAAGCAUUAUUUAAAUAAAAUUUUAUUUAGAUAAUUAUUUAAAUAAAAUUCUAUUCAAAUAAAUUAUUAUUUGAAUGAAUUUUUAUAAUUAUAAAAUUAAAAUGUAUUCAAAUAAUUUCAAAACUGAUUAUUUGAAUAAAAAUGUAUUCGAAUAACUUUCAAACAUAAUAUUAAGAUUUAUACAAAAAUACUAUUAGAGCCAAAGAAAAUAUAUUUUAUAUUAUUAAUAAUCUGUACUUUGAUAUAGUUUGUGUUUAUUUUAAAUCAAAUUGAAAAAUUGAGACUAAAAAUAGAAACUAGAAAACUGAGUGAUAUUUGCACCUUCUGUAAUAGUCUAAAUCUAUAUAGGUCUUAUCUUAAUUGUCUUAAUGCUGGUUAAUUAGUAACGAAAAUAAAAUUGAUUAGUAAAUUUAUAAUAGUGUAACUCAAAAAUACAAAGCCAACUAUGUAUUUUAAAAUUUACUUAUUUUAAAUUACCAACACCAAUGUUUGACCAAAUAAAAUAAACAAAAAUUAUUAAUGUCAAAUAAAAUUAUGUUUGAAAAUUAUUUUAAUACAUUUUUAUUUGAAUAAUCAGUUUUCACAAUUAAUCUAAUGAAUUUUCUUUUGCAGUUUUAAAAUUAUUCAAAUAAAAAAUAAUUUGAAUAAUUAUCUAGAUAAAAUUUUGCCUAAUUGGUCCUCUUUUCAUAAUUAUUUAUAAUAUUUCUUAUAAGUUAUAUAAGUUAUUGUGAGGACUUUUAAUUUUAACUACUGUUUUUAUAAUAGGUAUUCUGAUUUUGAUAUAGGGUCAAAUACAAUUUGGGAAAAGAUUUGCUUGAAAGAAAAUUGUUCAGGAAAAUAUUUAUUUAGAAUGAUUUUUUAUAUAGGAACAAUAUUUUCAAUAAAAACUAAAAUUCUAGAAUGAUAUUAUUUAAGAAUGAUAUAUUAUCAGAAUUAUUAUAAUUGUCCAGAACUGUAUGAAUCUAAGUAAGUAUUUUGCUGGAAAAUAUAUCAACUAUUUAUUUGAAAUGUCUCAUUAAUAAUAGUUAUUCUCAUAAUUUUAUUAUAAUACAGCUCUGUUUAUAUAUUUUCCAUCAAAAUACUCUGGUAUUGAUGAAUAAAGUUCCUACAGUUCUACAAAUCCUUGGAAAUACCUUCCCAACAAAAUAUGAUUCCCAUAUUAUAUUAUCCCUGAAAAAUAUUGUUUCAUGAAAUAUUCACUACAUGCAAAUAAUACUUCCAAACAUUAUACUCCUGGUGAAUAUUUCUCCAAUUUAUAUAGCUCCCUCUCCCUUUGAUAUUUGUUCUAAGUAGAUAUGUUAUUAAUUGUUCACAACUGUUUACUGUUUGCAUGUUGUAAUUCUAUGUAUGCAUUUCUUACCUAGCAUACUAAAAUGUACUUAUUGCUAAUGAUUAAAGAGAAACAACAUAUAUUAUUUACAUUCAAUUAAUUGUCAAUUAAACAAUUUUACAACUUAUUAAAAUAAUCAAUUAAUUAUAAUUUACUAAAUGUCUUGUCUCAAAGUUAAAAUGUAAUUAUAAUUUUUUUUUACAUUUUAUUUUUUAAUAAAAACUGCCUAUUUUUUAUAAUUGUUUAAUAUUUAUAAAAUUAUUAAGAUAAUAAGUAAAUCUUUAUGUUUUCCUAAAAAUUGUUUGUAUUUUCUGGGAGAAUUUGAUUUUUAUUUGAAAGAAAAAUUGUAUAUUUUGGUGAUUAACCAAAUGUAAUCUGGUUAUUGUAAUUUAUUUAGAAAAAAAACUUUUUAACAAUUUUGGUUAUAGAUUACUGAAAUAUCAUAACCAAACAUUGUUAUUAUUUUUGGUCAUUGAUAAAGUAAUGAUUAUUAAUAUCUAGUCAGUACUUUUUAUCAUUUAUAUUUUUGUACAAUCUAAAUUUUUAAUACAAGAAAUUGGUUUUUUAGUUUACUUCAUUUCUACCUUCUAAAUUAAUGACAUUAUACAGUUAUACACUAUAAAAAUAAAGAAUACAUUGGUAAAGAUACAGUAUGAAGAAUAAAUAAAUGAUUAAGUUUAAGAAGUUUAAUGCUUUAAAAUUUAAAUAUAUACUAUUAAUUAAUAUCCACCUAUUAUUUUUAAUAAAUAUAAUCAUAAAUCACAGAUAUAUAAAAAAUACUCAUUUUUUUUAAAUAAAAAUUACCUUUAUUGACGCCUACUGCUUUAGUAAAAUCUUUAAAAUUAUGUAUUUCUUCUGAUGUUUAAGAAGAGUAUUACUUGAUGAUAAAAACUAUGGCUCAUAUACAAUAAAAUAAUUUGUUAUAUGCAAAUAUCAUUUGAGUUGACAAUUUAUUUUAAAAUCACUGGUACUUAUUUUGAUUGGUACAGUUAUUUAGCCAAAUUGUAAACUUUUGAGUUUUAUGCCAUAUACACACAAAUGGAAAAAAAAAAUGUAUUUCCCUGGACAGACAUAAUCUUUCAUUGUAUAAAACCAUUCAUUCAAUAAGUAUAUAUUUUUUUUAAACUGUAUCAACAGGAUAACUUUUUAUAGAUUUACUAUAUCACAAAUAAAUUUUCUAUCAAAUUAUUUUUUUUCCUUUGUCUUGCAACAUCACCUUUUUAUGUUCAUUGUAAGUUUGGGAAAUUUCAUAAUUUUCAAUUAAAUUAUUGUUAUGCAUUUUUAAACCUUCACAUAUCUCACAAUCUUUAUAAUAGAGUGUAGUAAAUACAAUAUGGUUUUAAGAAACCUGAUUUUUAUAAAAAUUUUAUGAAAUAGUAUAUUGAAAUUCAGGAUAUUUUUUUAAAGGAAGUGGUGCAUUAGUGUAACUGUGAUGACACUCAGUAAAUAUAUUGAAUAUUUGUGUGUUCACAAUGAUAGUGUGAUACAGUCAGACUAAAUGAUUCAUAUUGAUGUAAAUAUUUUUUAGUCUGUUAUUUGUCACAACAAUCAUUAUGAGCCUCUUUUUGACCAUUGGUAGAAUGUCUUAAUACCUAUAUCUACAACUUAAUCAUUUAUUUAUUUAAGUUUAUGUGUUUUAAAGAAGGAUGUACAUAGAUGUCUCACCUUGGGAGUCCAAGUUUGAAGGUGAAUGUUGAGAUUGGAAUGAGUUAUUGGAUUGAUUGCUGUAGUAGUCGUAAUCUAACUUAAUGUAUAAAACUAGUAUAUGUCACAUAAGAGAGUAUCUUGUUUUAUUAUUAUUUAUUUUUGAAUUAUGUCAUUCUUUCUUAGCAGCACAGUAUAAUUAUAUAAUCUUCAAUUAAUUUCUAAAAUAAUGAUUUUAUAAAAAUUCUAAUUGCACCAUCAUUCACAACAUUGAAAACCCCUUGUUUAAUUUAAAGAGUUUAAUAAUUGUUUUUUGUCAUAACUUUUUUAAUAAUAGAUUUUUCAAAAGAAAAUUUUGAAAAUGGUAGAGGUGUUAAACUAGAUUUGUAUCACUGUUUAUAUAAAAUCAAUAACAUAUUGUAUAACAAUACAAUAUUAUGUAGCAACUAGCAAUGGUGUACACAGAAUUUCCUAAAAUUAGGAAGGGGUUAAUAAAAUAAUUGUUAACCAUAAUUAUGUGUUUAAAUAGUGCAGUGAAAAAUGUUUCAAAUGAUUCAAAAUUGAUUGUAUGUAUGUACUUAAAACCUAAUUUUUAUUAAAACUAUCCCGGAUUACUCAAAAUAAUUUACUAAAAUGUUUUAUUUUUCUAGAUGUUUAAAAAUGAUUUGGAACUGUUUUAAGUGCACUAGGUAUAUCAUUGUAGUAAUAGGCACCUUUGUAAAUGUUUAUCGGAGCUAUUUAUUAGUAUUUAAUAAAAUAUAGAUAGUAAUUAUUUUUAAAGCUCAAUUUCUAAUUUUCUAGGUUUACAUUCCAGUAUAAAACUGAGUAGAUAGUUAUUAAAAUAUUAUUGACCUAUUGUUAAUCUCCAUCAAGUAUCUCACAACUCAGAUACCAACCAGUAGAUUGCGAUAAUAUAUUUUAUAUAGUAUCAAAAACUAUAUUAUUGGUAUAUAAUACUUACUUUUAUAAUAAUAUAUGAGUGUAUAAAGCUGAUAUUAUAUUGAUUUGUCAAAUAGAUACCUACUAUAGUACUACUAUUUUGAAUUGAGGAUAAAAAAAAAAGCCACUAGAAAAGAUUAUAGUUAUUGGAACAUUAAGAAAAAAAUGCUGGAAAAACUCCUAUUUUAAAUUAAUGUGUAAAUUGGAAUUUUUAUAAUAGGUGAUAUUUUUACUUUACACUGAACACAAAGAAAAUACAAAUUUUUCAAAUUUGCAACUUCAGAUUUAUUUUUAUUUUUUAAUAUGCAUUAAUAUACAAUGAGGAAUUUUCUUUCUAAUAUUUUUUUGCCAGGAAUUUUUUUUUAGUAUGUGUUGUGGUCAGGCCCUUUUUAUCCCCAUAUCCAUAAUAACAUUUGGAGGAAUUUGAACACUGAUGUAUUAAUAAUGUUUAAUCGGUCCACUAUAAAACUUUAUGAUGGUUUUGAGAUCAAAGAAUUUAUACUUCAGUCUUUUAUUGUUUUUUAUGAUUUUUAUUUUUAGGGUAUUUUACGUUUAAAAACACCAGACUUGACAGCAAUUUUAAAAAAGGGCGAUGGUGUUAUGCACUGUCUGCGACCAUUUGAAGAUUCAAAUUAUGAAUCCUUGGAUUUAAAUUCAAAUAAAUAUCCUAUAAACCAUCUUAGAUCAAUGCUACUGGAUUUAGUGAAAACAAUUGAUAGUAUGAACAAAGUUACACAAAGUGGACAAGGGUCUGGUUCACUAAGUUUGUUAAAUAUUCCUUCAACAUCUUCUCAGGCUGAUACAUCUCACAUUUUAACAAAUGCAAUUAAAAAUAAUAUUAUUCCAAAUGUACAGUUAAAUGUUGAUGUACCCAAAACAACUAUAUCUGAAAAAAAAAUUACACCUGUUAUAACUAAAAAUUACAAUAAUAAGUAUAAAGAAGAUGAAGAAGCAAAUGUGCUUCGAAGACGGUACAGAAAUAAAUAUAGGUACUUACCACACAAGUAUGGUACACUAAAUUCAAGACCUAUAGAAAAAAAUGUGCAAAAUGUCAGAGAAAUUCCAGUGGUGAAACAUGUUGCAGAAACUUCAGUGAACCAUGUUACAAAAAAAAUCGAGGACAGUGAAAUGGUACUAGUUUUAUCAAAAUAUGAUCCUUUCUUUAAAAAUAUCCUAAAGGGACCAUUGAACUUCAUUGAUGCUGACACAUUACGUCAAAGAUAUAGAGGGAAAGAGUAAGUAUACAUUUUAUACUUUGUGCCCACCUAGAAUGUAUAUCCAUAUUAUUAUUAAAAUUUUUAUAUUUUUCAUGAUUAAAGAGAAACAAAAAAACCUUCAGAAAACAAACAUUUAAAUAGAGAAAAAAGGUAUGUGGAACUUUUAAAAACUGUUGAGUUUGAAAUAUUUUGA